AUGACUUCCAACGAGGGUUUCGGGUCCGUGGAGAAGGUCGUGCUGCUCACAUUCCUCUCGGUGGUUAUCCUGAUGGCCAUCCUGGGCAACCUGCUGGUGAUGGUGGCUGUGUGCAGGGACAGGCAGCUCAGGAAAAUAAAAACCAAUUAUUUCAUUGUGUCUCUUGCCUUUGCCGAUCUGCUGGUAUCGGUGCUGGUGAUGCCUUUUGGUGCCAUUGAGCUGGUCCAAGACGUCUGGAUUUAUGGGGAGAUGUUUUGCCUGGUCCGGACCUCUCUGGAUGUCCUGCUCACCACGGCAUCGAUUUUUCACCUGUGCUGCAUUUCACUGGAUAGGUAUUAUGCCAUCUGUUGCCAACCCUUGGUUUACAGAAGCAAGAUGACCCCUGUCCGCAUUGCACUGAUGUUGGCAGGCUGCUGGGCCAUUCCCAUGUUUAUAUCUUUUCUCCCCAUAAUGCAAGGCUGGAACAACAUCGGCAUAGUUGAUGUGAUAGAGAAAAGGAAACUCAACCACAACUCUAACUCUACAUGCUGUGUCUUCAUGGUCAACAAGCCCUACGCCAUCACCUGCUCCGUUGUAGCCUUCUACAUCCCUUUUUUCCUCAUGGUGCUGGCCUAUUACCGCAUCUAUGUCACUGCUAAGGAGCAUGCCCAGCAGAUCCAGAUGUUACAACGAGCAGGAGCCACCCCGGAAAGCAGGCCCCAGCCAGCUGACCAGCACAGCACACAUCGCAUGCGGACAGAAACCAAGGCAGCCAAGACUUUAUGCGUCAUCAUGGGCUGCUUCUGUUUCUGCUGGGCCCCCUUCUUUGUCACCAAUGUCGUGGACCCGUUCAUAGACUACACUGUCCCCGAGCAGGUGUGGACUGCUUUCCUUUGGCUUGGCUACAUCAAUUCAGGGUUGAACCCCUUUCUCUAUGCCUUCUUGAAUAAGUCUUUCAGACGUGCCUUCCUCAUCAUUCUCUGCUGUGAUGAUGAACGCUACAGAAGACCCUCCAUUCUGGGCCAGACUGUCCCCUGUUCAACCACAACCAUUAAUGGAUCCACACACGUGUUAAGGUACACCGUUUUGCACAGUGGACAUCACCAGGAACUGGAGAAACUGCCCAUCCACAACGACCCAGAGUCCCUGGAGUCGUGCUUUUGAUUGACGACAUGGCUUGCCAUCGGGCUAGCCAUUCCCAUUCAUGUCUGCAUGAGCAGGACACCCUGGACACACUCUUGACCCUGGUCAUCACCAGUGACGCAUGAAGUAUGAAGUACCAGGGCCCAGUGAAGAUACACGGAAGGUGGUGUUGAGUGGAACCUGGAUCCAGCACAUCAAGGAUUUCAGAAUUGUGUGGGGACUUCAGGCAUCAUCAGACCCAGCGUCAUACCAGAGCCCGAGGGGCCCCUCUCCUUGCAUACUGACGUGAGGUCAGUCUCUGCUCGCACCUCUCCAGGGGACAGGAGCUCUCUACCUCCUAACGUAGCCCCCGUCUGUGGUGGGAACGCUCUAAUCACGUGGAAGCCCUGUCGUUCAUUGGCACAUGAGUCUGCUGUGCUCUAGAUUCUGUCGGGGCAGAGCAGUUCGGUCUCCUCUUCCUGUCAGAAAGCCUUAGCUAUUGGAAGGAAAUGACCUGCCCCCCACACCCACCCCUCAGUCUUCUCACUCAGUGGAACAUCUCCAGUUCCCUCUUCUUUCCAGCAGUCUUCUGGACCGCUUUGCUGGGUCCAGAUGUCUGUCCAGAUGUCUGUCCAGAAGCACUAAGUACUGACAUGAAGGGCAUCAGGAGGUUUGGUUUACAGCUGCAAACAUUUUCUUUUCCUUCCUUCCUUCCUUCCUUCCUUCCUUCCUU